GAGUUUCAAUAAAUCUUGAGUCUUUCAACGAAUGGCUUAUCGUUUUUAUUGUCCGAGAGACGAAAAUGCCCUUUUCCCCGCAAGAAAUACAUUUUUGUAAAAUAACCGCCAGAAUUAGGCCUGCGCUGCGUUGUCCGAGAGAUUUGCCCGCCGGUAAAAAACUACUUUUUUUUCUAGCAUAUCUCUUCGCCAUUGAAAUUCAGCUGAAAGCAGUUAUAUUAGAAGAUGGAUAGACAAACCCGAGCUUCAUCAUCCUCGUCCAACACAAUCAAUCCCGCAAUACCGCCACAAGAAGACGCUUGGCUCACUACCUACAAUAAGUUACUGCCUCGCUCGCACUCUCUUGCUUCAUCUCAUCAGUCAGCCAUUCCUAUUUCAAUAUCAAGAGUUAAUCAGGUAGAUGCAGGAAGAUUGGACAUUGAAAUGUCGGCCAUGCUAAAGGAACAGUUGGUUAAGGUCUUCUCUUUGAUGAAGCCAGGAAUGUUAUUUCAAUAUGAGCCAGAACUUGAUGCUUUCUUGGAGUUCCUUAUCUGGCGGUUUUCUAUCUGGGUCGAUAAGCCUACGCCGGGUAAUGCGCUAAUGAAUCUGAGGUAUAGAGAUGAAUGUGCAGUUGAAGUAAGAGGAAAAGUUCGAACGGGAUUGGAGGGACCUGGACUUACUGUUGCUCAAAAGAUAUGGUACUGUGUCGCUACUGUUGGUGGUCAAUAUAUGUGGGGCCGUCUUCAAUCAUUUUCUGCUUUUCGGAGAUGGGGUGACUCUGAGCAGAGGUCUUUGGCACGCCGAGCAUGGUUGUUAAUACAACGGAUGGAGGGGAUCUAUAAAGCAGCAUCUUUCAGCAAUCUACUUAUAUUUCUUUACACAGGAAGGUAUAGGAAUCUCAUUGAAAGAGCUUUAAGAGCCAGACUUGUUUAUGGGAGUCCACAUAUGAACAGAGCAGUGAGCUUCGAGUACAUGAAUCGCCAAUUGGUGUGGAAUGAAUUCUCGGAAAUGCUGCUCUUGCUUCUUCCCCUUCUCAAUUCAACAUCUGUCAAGAAUUUUCUUCGUCCAUUCUCAAAGGACAAAUCUUCAGAUUCUUCAGUGGAUGACACUUUGUGCCCAAUCUGCCAAGGAAAGCCAACAAUUCCAUGUUUAGCUAUCCCUUGUCAGCACAGCUACUGUUACUACUGUCUUCAAACACGUUGCUCUGCUGCUCCGUCUUUCCGGCGCCCCCGAUGUGGAGAAGCGGUUGCUGCGAUGCAACGACAUGGCGGUUUGGUCAACAACAUUAGUCAGAAACAAUAAUUGUGGUCCAAGGUGAAAUAAAAUGAUGGGAAAGGCAAGCUUCAGACAAACUAUGGAUCAAAAGUUGCCCAAAGAUAACAUAGAAAUUGAACUAGGAAUCAAGAUUCCUCGAUAAAGCAACUUGUUCUGCUUUAUUGAGUGCAUUCAUUUGUUAAAGUUUCUUGUCUCUUUCAAUGUAGCCUUUCUUUUUAAUCUCAUUUAUUUGCUUAUUUUAGAGAUUCUCUUAAAAGUUUGAUCAGUCACAGGUCACGGUUGAUUCAAUUUUUUAUCAAAUGGCUCAAGCAGCCCUUUUAAGUUCUGGUCA